UUAACGGUGGCGAGGACAAACCUUUGGGGGACUAGGCCGUUCACAUAUUAGUGGUUAUGCUGCAUCACAACGCAGCUUAGGCCUUCAGCUUUGCGUAACUUUUCUUUGGUGCGAGUUUAUUUUUCUCUUCUGGAUCCUGAAACGGAUAAGCAAUUUUAAAACAAAACAAAAAAAAAAAACAAAAAACCCUUGCUCCAAUUUUUGGAAGCCCGCUUGUUCUUAAGCUAGGCUUUCUCGACUUUUUGGAAAAUGUCUGAAAGCUCGCAGAGUCCCGAGUACCAAAGCCGGCCUUAUGACUUCAGCCGCUCCAACCCUUGCGCGCAGCUUUUGGGUCAGGAGGGUUUUGGUAGCAGUACCUCCUUCCAGGUGCCCCACGGUGUCUUGCCAGAUCCGAGCCGCCUUUACAACAAAAGCUGUUACAGUGGUAUCGCGUCGACAUCCGCGCAGACUUUUUUUCCGUUUCCACCCGUCUCCACCGACUACAGGGCCUCUGAGCUACAGCCUGGAGAUUUUGGGCAACCCAAACACUGGUAUCCCUUUGCAGACUACACCGGCCAACUUUCUGGCGUAUCCACAGCACUCCAGCCUAUAAACCUUAGUACCAUUGAAGCCGAGGCGGGAGAGCAAAUCAAACUACCAGAAAUAAAGCUGGAGAAGAGCACCCCCGAGGACUACUCAGCCGAGGCAAAAGUUCAGCAGUACCUGACCCCUCAAGCCUCCAACGAGAUGCCCCAUGGAUUAUUCUACGCUAGGACUGGGACCUGGAACCCAUCCUUCUGGUCCUUCUCAUCACCUGGCAGCAGUGGCCAAGCUUCCUCAACAACCUCGGCUUCUUCCCCAUCGCUGUCUCCUUCACCCCCGAGCAACGCACUUCCAGGGAACGCAUGUUUCAGCGCGAACACACCCCAGACUGUCCCUGAGGCCCAGCCGCAGAAAUCGACCUCCUCCAGACGAAAUGGUGGGUCUUCCGUGCGAGAGUGCAAGGACCCUGAGGAGACCCUUUCCACUGAAGAGCUGGAGCAAUUCGCCAGGGAGCUCAAACACAAACGCAUCACCCUGGGUUUUACCCAGUCAGAUGUUGGCCUUUCUCUGGGAAGCCUUUAUGAAGGAAAAAUGUUCAGCCAAACGACUAUUUGUCGUUUCGAGGCUCUGCAGUUGAGCUUCAAGAACAUGUGCAAGCUGAAGCCCCUUCUGCAGAAAUGGCUGGAUGAGGCAGAGAAUGCAGAAAAUCCUCAAGAUAUGUACAAGAUGGAACGAGUUUUUGUCGAUACCAGAAAAAGAAAGCGGAGGACCAGCCUGGAGGGGGCAGUGCGUGCUGCUCUUGAGUCCUACUUUAUCAAGUGUCCCAAGCCGAACACCCAAGCCAUAAAACACAUUUCAAAUGACCUGGGCCUGGAGAGAGAUGUGGUACGUGUGUGGUUCUGCAAUCGCAGACAGAAGGGGAAGCGCUUGGCCUUGCCGCUGGAUGAGGAAUUAGAAAGCCAGCUCUACGAACAGGGUUCUCCUCCCAUUCCUCCUCAGGCCUACCCAGCCCCCAGUUUCCCUGGAGGCCAUCCUCCCACACUCUACAUGCCUCAGCUUUCCAGGCCUGAUGUGAUGAAGCAACCCCUGCAUCCUGGAGUGGUUGGGCACCCGACUAGAUAAAGCGGGCCAACCAGAACCACAGAUUGCCUUCCCAAACUUCUGCUCAACCCCCAACUCACACUGGAAAGGAAGUACUACAAAUGCAAACCAUCUGAUCAUAUCUGUGAUUUGUGCAAUUUGAAAAGGGUGAGAUCAAAGUGGUUUCCUUCUGUAGCCCUGAAGUGCUUUGACUUCAGAUACCAAAGGGGAUGUUAUUGUUGCUGAUUGUGCCAACAAGGGAAAAGCAAGGGAAUGAUACCGUGAGGGACACCUCCUUAAACAGUAUUCAAUUUUGACAGUUUAGCCAAUGCUUGUGCAGUACUUCUGUGUCAUGUCUGAAGAGCGCAUCUGUAGUAUUUGUCUAAACUAUCACUGCAACAGAAAGUGCUCUUAUAAGAUUCAAUUGUCCAAAUGUUAUUCUUAUCUUUUAAAUGGUAGUUUUAGCCACUGAAUUUUAUUUGUAUACCAAACUUGCAUUUUUCCCUUGUGGUCAUAAACGCUCACCAAAAAGAGAACCUCCAAAAGCCCUUGAGUGGGUUUUAAUGUAAUAUUUUUAAGGAACGUGGCAAAUUCAUUGUUACCCUUUUUACUCGUUCUCAUUCUACACAUUUACUCAGAUAAUUAGCAGAACUAUAUCAACUGCUGUUUCCAACUUAUAGAAACUCUUGUAGGAU